GAUUUCCUGUUUUGGACUGAGGGGAUCAAACUAGCAUUAUUCUAUACACAAGACGAGUUUAUAAUUUAUAUUAUACCUUUGUGGAAGGGGGGCCAAUUUGUCUCUGACACAAAAACACCUUAAAAACAGACAAAAAGAGAAGAUUUGCAGCUCCAAGGCAUCUACCUGACUCUCCCCAAACUCAGGGGUGUUCAACAGUAUUCAAAUAAGGUACAGGAAAAGAUUCUCACCCCAUUACUUCUGCUUCUUCCCUGAGUACUGGAAAGUAAAAAAAAAAUAAAACCAGUGAUUCUUAUUAUUCUCAGAAGCAAAGUGUGUGUGGUGAGAUGGAUGAGUUUCCAAGAGUUCUAUGUGGGUGGAGUUGGGAGGAGAACAAGAUGUUCGAGGUGGCUUUAGCAGUAGUUGAUGAAGAAGACCCAGAUCGGUGGGAUGUGGUAGCAGCCAUGGUUGGUGGCAAGAAAAGUGUAGAGGAAGUUAAGAAACAUUAUGUGAUUCUUCUUGAGGAUUUGCAGUUUAUAGAGUCCGGUAAAUUAGACCACAAACUUGGAGAAACUCAGCCGUGUGGUCAAGUUGACUGUACGCAAUCUGUAUGUUGGACCGACGAAGAUAACAACUUGCUGGUUCAACUGAAUGUAAAUUGAUCGCCGGGGCCAAGUUAAUUGAUUUCUAUAAAGGCUCAGGCCUAGUUAGCAUCAACAAAGGUAAUGAAUUGGGUUUAACUUCAUCAGUUCUGGAACUGUGUCGAUCGUUUAUUAAGUUUAAUCUAUCCCCACUUUGUGAACAGGAAAUUGUCAUGAAAUGAUUGAAAUGACCUUCCAUGCUGUAAUUAAUUGGUUUUUGAACUUUUCAGUUGUAAUAUUAGUCCAUGGUGUCCCGUUUGGCUUGAUAGCUGAUUAUAA